UCCGCGCUCGGCGCCGCCCGUUCCGGGCCCGUCUCCUCCCGGCCCCGAGCCUCGGUGGCGGCAGCGGCGGCACUGCAUGACCAUAACUGAACAAUGUCUGUACCACGUGGAGCUGUCCAUGCAAAAUGGAUAGUGGGGAAAGUCAUUGGGACCAAAAUGCAGAAAACUGCCAAAGUGAGAGUGACAAGGCUCGUGCUGGAUCCCUACUUGCUAAAGUUCUUUAACAAAAGAAAAACCUAUUUUGCCCAUGACCCACUGCAGCAGUGUGUUGUUGGAGACAUUGUUCUUCUGAAAGCUCUGCCUGAGAGAAGGAGCAAACACGUGAAACACGAACUGGCUGAAAUUGUGUUCAAGGUUGGCAAUGUCAUAGAUCCCAUCACAGGAAAGCCCUGUGCAGGAACCAGAUUCCUGGAAAACCUCUCAGAUUCAGAAAAUCUCACCGAGGCAGAUACCACCUAUCUAAGUGAGAAACUUCAGGAACUUAAAGUUUGUUCAACAGACAAAUAGUGGGGGAAAUAUUUUAAGCAGAGGGCUUCCAGCUUUUGUCUCUCUCUGUCAGGGAUGUUUGAGGCCCUGCUGUGAUAAGUUAAAUGUUUCAGUGAAAUCUGUAGUUAAAAUAAAUAGUAAAUGUAGUUGCUUAUGCAAAGAGAUGUUGCAGUUUGAUGGGCACCUGGAGCUUUGAAUGAAAAUACAGAAAAAAA